AUGUUCUGUCGCGGAUACCUGCCCACCGGCUUGAGCUGUAACGGCGUCUUCUACGACUUCAAGUACGACUGGCUCAACGAGAAAGAGCGGGAAUGCGCUGAGCUGUUUGAUGGAGAUAUUGCUGGCAUUGGUGUCAUCCUCUCGGUCGUCAUUACCACGACAGCAUCAAUAUGCGCCGCGUUCAUCGAUUCCCGGGUGGGCACAAAGACCGGGCUGAUACCACUGAGUUCGCGGCUUCUUCUCGCGACAGAGGACCGACGCGUCUUGCGACUGAGGAUGUGGCGCAAAGUACUGGACCGUCUCAUUCUGGGCUUCGCAGAUCAGCAAAUUGUGACCGGCUUUGCGCUUCUCAUUAUCGCCUACAUCAAACUCACUCCACGGCAUUACAGAUUGCUAGGCAGCGGGAACGAAUGGCUCGAGAUGGCUAAUGGCAACUUCGCUUUGGUCGUGUUUCUGUGCAUCGCAUCAAGCAGCUCGCACUUGGCCUGUCUCAUGGUCCUCAACGACUACUUCACCAAGCACAAAGCGAUGGCGUAUCCGAAAAUCGUUCUCGUCGCAUGCUUUUCGGUACUACUGACAGUGGCAGUGGCUAUCGCAUCGAGCUUCACAGGAUACCUUUAUAUGAUCGCAUACUACGCCGUUACCUCGUUGCCCGGUGAUACUUCCAAGAGAAACAUGCGGUUGAUCAUCGAUGUUGUGUUGGGUGUUCCGUUGGCCACAAUGUUCUACCUCUUCUGGAUAUGCACUUUGCAGCUGCUUCCUGAUGUCCGUGGGUGGCUUCGACAAUAG